CAGGUAACAAGCCAACGUUGGCUCCACGUUGGAAACUUGAAAGUCGUUGGACGUUGGAAAAACUUGAUGGAUUAACGUUGAAUCGAUGUUGGAAACUAGUUUGAUGGAAAGAUGAUGGACAAUCAACAAUGACACGACGUUGGCAACGUUGGAAACUUGUUAGUUGGAGAGUUGUUGGACGGUCGACAAUGUGACAACGUUGGAAACACGUUUGAUUGGAUAGUUGUUGAACAGCCAGCAAAGGCACAACGUUGGCAACGUUGGAAACUAGUUCGCUGGAAAGUUGUUGAACAACCGACAAUGGCACAACGCUGACAAAGUUGGAAACUAGUUUGUUGGAGAUUUGUUGGACGGUCGACAAUGGCACAACGUUGGAAACUAGUAAGUUGGAGAGUUGUUGGACAGUCGACAAUGUCACAACGUUGGAGACCCGUUUGAUUGGAUAGUUGUUGAACAGCCAGCAAAGGCACAACGUUGGCAACGUUGGAAACUAGUUCGCUGGAAAGUUGUUGAACAAUCAACAAUGACACGACGUUGGCAAUGUUGGAAACUUGUUAGUUGGAGAGUUGUUGGACAGUCGACAAUGGCACAACGAUGGAAACAUGUUUAAUUGGAUAGUUGCUGAACAGCCAACAAUUACACAACGUUGGCAACGUUGGAAACCAGUUCGAUGGAAAGUUGUUGAUCAACCGACAAUGAGACAACGUUGACAAAGUUGGAAACUAGUUUGUUGGAGAUGUGUUGGACGGUCGACAAUGGCAAAACGUUGGAAACUAGUAGGUUGGAGAUUAGUUGGAUAGUCGACGAUGACACAAGGUUGGCAACGUUGGAAACUAGUUCGAUGGAAAGUUGUUGAACAACCAACUAUGGCACAACGUUGCCAAAGCUAGAAACUAGUUCGAUGGAGAUUUGUUGGAAAGUCGACGAUGGCACAACGUUGGAAACUGGUAGAUUGGAGAUUAGUUAGAUAGUAGACCAUGACACAACGUUGAUAAAGCUGGAAACUAGUUAGAUGGAAAGUUGUUGAACAACUGACACUGGCACAACGUUGUAAACUGGUAGGUUGGAGAUCAGUAGGAUAGUCGACGAUGACACAACGUUGGCAACGUUGGAAAGUUGUUGAACAACAGACAAUGGCACAACAUUGGAAACUAGUGUGUUGGAGAUUUGUUGGACAGCCAACAACGUCACAACGUUGGAAACGUGUUUGAUUGGAUAGUUGUUGAACAUCAGCCAACAAAGGCACAGCGUUGACUACGUCGGAAACUAGUGCGAUGGAGAGUUGCUGAACAACCGACAACGGAACAACGUUGGAAACUAUUUUCUUAGAGAUUUGUUAGACAGUCGACAAUGGCACAACGUUGACAAAGUUGGAAACUAGUUUGAUGGAGAGUUGUUGAACAACGGACAAUGGCACAACGUGGACAGCGUAAUUGGAAUAGUUUAUUGGAGAAUUGUUAACAGUUAACAUUGACACAAUGUUGGAAACUAUAGUUUGUUGGAUAUUUAUUUGACAGUCAACAUGAUAUCCUGGCAUAUUAUACACAGUGUUGAGAACAUGAGAAACUGGUUCAUUGGAGAAUUGAUAUACAGACGACUACUCGCAUAAUUUCCAAUGGGGCCAAGGGGGGGGGGUCGAUCAAGUAAGUUUGCUUGUCUAUCCUUGUCACCCUUGGUAUCCCCUAGCAAUAAGGGGAAAAUAAAUCGAGAGAGAAGGAAAAUAAUGGGAAGGGAAAGAGGAACUAAAACUAAGGGGAAAACAAAAAUAAAGAUGGGGUAGAAUAGAGAGGCUGCAUGCACCGGGGGAUGCAAAUGUGUCGAUUAAAGGACAAGUCCACCCCAACAAAAAUUGAUUUGAAUAAAAAGAGAAUAAUCCAACAGGCAUAACAUUGAAAAUUUCAUCAAAAUCGGAUGUAAAAUAAUGAAGUUAUGACAUUUUAAAGUUUCGCUUAAUUUCACAAAACAGUUAUAUGCACAUCCUGGUCGGUAUGCAAAUGAGGAGACUGAUGAUGUCAUCCACUCACUAUUUCUUUUGUAUUAUAUGAGAUAUGAAAUAUUCUAAUUUUCUCCUCAUUGUCAAGUGAAACAGUGAUUAAUUCCUCCCUGAACAUGUGGAAUUAGCAUUGUUUAAUACUUUAUGGUUCAGUCAAGUCGGUCCCUAUAUGCAAGUCUGUAAAAAAUUAAAUAUUUUAUAAUUCAAACAAUAAAAAACAAAAGAAAUAGUGAGUGUUGAUAGACAUCAUCGACUGACUCAUUUACAUGUCACUGAGUUGUGCAUAUCACUGUUUUGUGAAAAAUAAGCGAAACUUUAAAAUGCCAUAACUUUCUUAUUUCACAUCCGAUUUUGGUGACAUUUCCAGUGUUAUGCUAGUUUGAUUUUUCUCUGCUUAUUCAAAUCAAUUUUUUGUUGGGGUGGACUUGUCCUUUAAUAUAGAAAAUAAAGGAGAAAAACAAGAAAAUAAAUGUAGUUCAAGACCAGAAUUUCCAGAAACGCCCUCGUCCUUUGCAGCUGGCUAGGCCUCUUACAGUAAGUACGAGAUAUAUAUAGGCCUACUGUCACGAAACUAGAAGAAAUUGAAGAAGGAAAUACAAGCAUCAAAAUGUGCCUAUUUAAAAAUACCAUACUAUUCUGAUGCGCAGCGCAGAAUUAGUCGCGACGUCGGACUCCUUCUAUGUAGUCUGCUUCCUUCAAUUUUGAACUUGAAGAAUCUGGCAGAAUCUGGUUGGAUAUAGACAAUUAAAUUCCUGAAUAUCUAGUGAUCUGGAACAGUACUUAUAAGCUGCAUAUUUAGGACCUACAAUCUACAGUGGAAUUUUCUUUGCACUUGCAGAUAAUCGGUAACUGCAACCGUUGAUCCCCUCCGAAAGAUCCCGGAGUCAGCUUCUGUGCGCGUACUGUCCGACGCUAGGAUUUUCGUGUUGUGAGUGUACGAUUCGUGCAGUCUAUCAUGGCAACCGCUGUGACAGAUGGACUAUGGGCCUGCCUUAAAUCAUUCCCGAUGCUAAAUUAUCUCACCAUCUCAGACUCAUCUAUCGAUUUCCCUCCAUCUCCUCCUGAGCUACCAUCCAUCACAGAGCUAUCAACUUAUGGAGUGACGUCACAAUGCUAUGAAGGUCUGAUCUCAUCACUCCCUGCUUUGGUAUAUAUUAAAAUCACUAUCGAUGAUGCAGAGGGAGACAUAGCCUUUAUCACGGCUGGUCUUCGUCGGACUGGAGGACAAAAUCUCACACGCAUUAACCUUCACACUCUGUACUCACUCCCAUCAGAGAAGAGUCAUGUAUCAAGCAAGACAAUGAGAGGACUGGGUCUGCUCAUCAAGGAACAUACCAAGAACCUGAAGUAUCUCACUCUGUACAGGGUGAAGUGUACAGACGAGGGUGACUUGGUUUAUCUCAUUGAAUGCUGCCGACAUGUGAAGACGAUGGAGCGUGUAAAGCUCUGGCACUGUGGGACGAUGUCGAAUGGUAGGGUGGAUUCUCACCUCCAGCGCCUUUACACUAAAUCACUCAACGAUCUCCAUUUGUAUGUUUCCCAUGAUGACUCUUUAGGUGAACACAACUAUUCGAUUACCCACAUUGAUUGAGCGAUGAGCAUGAUGAGAGUGAAGCUAUAUUCUACUUGUGCUUUUAACGCCUAAUGCAAGCGGGUUCAUAGUACCACGCAAUGGAAUGGAUAUAGACGCUGAGAACACAAGAACUCGUUCGGUGAAGUCAACACUGCUUUGUUCCACACCUUUAUGUUAAAUGAGUUUAUAUCCAAGCUUGAAGAGAUAUCUUCUAUACAGGGGCCGCGGAAGCGGGGGGCUUGGGGGC